AUCACGGGAAUCAUCCUUACCUACCUGCUAUAUACCGCUUAAUAAAUACAAUAGUUGUUAUGCACAUAACAGAUAUAGUAUGAAAAGCGCAGACCCUAGAUCACUCAAUCGAUGUCGUCACUGCAACAGGUUGUCAUAGGAAAUCCGAUAUGAAUGAAUCUCAGCUACCUACCAACACCGAGCUCCCCGAGCCACUACUCUCUUUAACCGCUCUCCCCACGAACAGAAAGAGACCAUCAUUCAAUGCGGCAAGAUCCGGGAUGAGGCAUGUCCCCUCGCUCAGCUGUGUCCCUCCUGGCAGCUCCAGCUCCCAUCCAGCGCCAAUGCCUCGCCUUCCUCUAUCCGCUCCCUAACCCCGUGUUAUUCUGCACAAGCGCAGGAAGCACAAUCCUUCUUCCCCAGCGAGAAGACCGAAACGGCCUCAUCAGGGCGCAGCCCGUACGCCGCCCCUUUCACGCCACAGCGACUCGUCCCGACGCCGCGAUCGACAAUGCGCGCGACCACUACGAGACGCUGAAAGUAGCGCCGACAGCGACCCCGGCCGAAAUCAAAAAAUCCUUCUACACCCUCUCCAAAACCCACCACCCAGACCUCCAAUCCGCAUCCGACAGACGAUCAGCCGCGAAGCGCUUCAUGCGCAUAAGCGAAGCCUACUCGAUCCUGUCGUCGCCCAGCAAACGUUCGAAAUACGACCGCGAGCACAUGAACCUCUCUUCUCCGCCCCCGCACCACGGCUCGUACUCGUCCACAAAUCCCGCAGGAGGCCGUCCGGCCUCGGGCCUGAGUAAACGCCGUGGGUCCUUCACCGGUCCGCCGCCUUCGUUCUUCCGCUCAGGGGGAUGGGGUUCGCAGUCCGCGAAGCGGCGCGCAGCGCACGAGGAGAGCACAGGCUCUUCCUCUUUCGCGCAGGGAUCGUCGAAUCCCAGUCAGGCAGGCAGAGGCACGAUGGGCGGCAUGGGUCCCGGCCAAGACCCCUUCGGCCACCGGGAUUCGGUCCCGCACUUCGACAAGGAGGGACACGAGCGCACGGGCCGGCACAGCGACCGGCGCCGGGAGGCGCGCUGGGCGGCCGCCGAGCGUCGUCAGGGGAUACCCGUUGAUGACGGGCCCGAGAGGGGCGCGCUGGGCAUGUUCUUCGUCAUCGGCGGCGUGUUGCUGUUUAGUAUGCUCGGUCCUGUAUUCAUCAGUCGGAUUUGGAAUAAUGCGAGGAGCGGCAGUCCGAAGGAGAGGAAAAGCAGCACGGGUAAAGUUUAAACCACUAGGUACACGCGUGCGAGUCUUCUUUAAUUACCGGGGAUAUAGCUGCUUAUUAAUUAGACCUGAGUAUAUAUCACAAUUUCUAGAAGAUACUCCGUACAUUCAAUUCGGUCAGACGAGAUUGGCUUGUACAUGUAUAGACAAAUUUUCACUAGGACAGACAGACAGAGGCAGCAUUGCGCAAGGCAUUGUAAUCUUCGUUAUUGCUCCGUUCUAGUCUACAAUCAAGAGAGGUCGCUGAUAGGAAUACAACGAGACCUGCCUGGUUUAUAUAAGAUACACGGUGGGCAAAAGGGGGUAUUAGUGAUUUUUUUAUUCCCCGG